AAAAAAAAGUCAUUCUCAUACAACAGGGCUGCUUCCUUCACAGCUUUGCUUAGCGACCCCGUUAACGAAACAAAAAUGAUGGCUAGGAUAGCUAGAUAGCUACCUUUGUUAGUUGAUUUAGAGUUAGAGGAAGUUUGCAUGUACUUUUUUUGUACUGUCAUGACGUGGUGUGGAAUUUUUCGACAUUAGCUUCCCACCUUAGUUAGCUAUCUGCUAGCCUACCUAAGAUAGCUAUCCAGUCGUGAAUGGUUGCCCUUUGGAGUUUAACGUCGGAAGCGGCUUCUAUAUAACGUUAACUAGCUAGUGGGCUAGUCUCUCGAGUCUCCAUCGGCAAAAACUAAUCGUGUAUCGAACAUAGACAGCUACAGCUAGCUCACGACCCAUCUGCUUUCCACAGUCAAGAUUAUCAAGAUAACAUUUCAGGAAACUCAGUUCUUGCUAUCAUACUUGACUAUUGACCAUUCUUUCUGUUGCUUAAACUCUCGAGUUUAAGGAAUCGACUGUUGCUUGUUAAUAAGAUCACUCAAAGACGAGUUAUGGCAGAGGAAAGCACCCAGUUUUGCACCAAUUGCAAGCAUGACAUUCCAGAGGCUAACUUUACCACUCAUGAGAUUCACUGUCGACGGAAUAUUGCCCUGUGCGAUGUGUGCCAAGAACCUGUCCCCCGUGCUGAACUUUCGGAACACAAAGAGCAGGAGCACUCACAGGAACAAUGCAAAUGUGGUCUGAAGAUUGAAAAAAGGCUCAUGGAGACCCAUCAGAGUUCAGAGUGCAGCCUGCGUAUGGUGCCGUGUCAGUACUGCGACCUGGAGUUGGCUUUCUCUCAGGCCCGCGACCAUGAGGAUUACUGCGGUACACGUACGGAACCCUGCCCCAUCUGCAAGUGCAAUGUCAUGCUGAGAGAGAAAGCCAUCCACCCAGCCUUAUGCGGUAGCCUCACCCCUCCCCAGGAACGGAGGACAGGCUCCCAGCCUCCUGGAGCUUGGUUUGAGACCCAACCCAUCCACAGCCUGCUUAGGCUCCAGGAGCGGAGCAAUAACAGCGGCAGUCCUGGGUUGGCAGAUCACAGGGGCCCACCUCGGCCAUUAGAGGGCAGAUUGCACAACAGCACUAGGGGACCAGUAGGGGCAGGGGUGAGGAGAAACCCAGCACCAAGGAACAACGAAUUUGCUCACUUGCUCGAUCAGGAAGCCGAGCUGGAAAACAACAACAACAGCCUGCUGUGGCCCCUGGACCAGCUCCCAGAGUACGACUCUUCCGGCCUGGACUACCUGCUGGCCCUGAGUCUGCAGAGCGAUGGCGAUCUGGAGGAUCUGGGGACUCGGGAGGGCGUGUGGACUGAUGUGUGGGAGCACCGUCUGGGGGGGGCGCCUGCCCGAAGCUCUGUGGCGUCCCAGUUCACCUCCACCACCAACAGCAACAUAUACUGCAGCACAGCUCUCCCAAGCGCUAACACAGCCCAGACUCAGAGCCCUGCCUUUGACAUCAUGCUUCCCUGCGAGUUCUGUGAAGAGCUCUUUCCAGAAGAGGACCUCAUCUUACACCAGACUGGUUGCAACCCAGCUUCUGCCAUUGCCUCCUUCAGUAAGCAGCCUCCGUCUCUGCAGUAUGAAGAUGGCGCAGGUCACGAAAUCCUGCCUCACACUCCCAGCCCCCCCAACCUCCCCCACUCUGUCUCCCCAUUGUCCGACAGCCCCCCUUCCAGCCCACUAGAGGGCGACGUGGUCAUACCCUGUGAGUUCUGUGGCAUUGCUCUGGAGGAGAAUGUUGUAUUUCACCACCAGGAUAAGUGUGACCUCCGUCCUGUGACUGCUUACCAAGCAGAUGGAGGGUCCCCACAGACACCCCUCCACGCUCCGAGUGAGAGAUGUGGGAGGGGCUCUCCGGAGAAGCAGAGGAGAGUGAGACACCAGGUGGAUCCUAGCGAGGAUUUCCUGGCACCCGGCUGGCAGAGUGGCAGGGCCAGUGGCAGUCUGUGGAAGACCUCUCCCUUUGUGAGCAUCUCUUCUUCCGGGAAGAACACCAACGCAGAGCAGCAGGGGAGGAGCAGGAAUCAGUGGGGGACAGCCCUGGAGAGUAGCUCCUCCCACACAGCUCCGCUUGGCGACAGCUUCGGAGCUUUGGGGCCUGUUUGCAAAGAGAGAACAGAAGGUAGACACACCCAUAAGAAUACUGGGACAUCAAAGGCACCCAAGAAGCAGAAUGUUGAAAAAGAGGAAGAGUAGGAGUUUUCAACUAGUAUAAAGUCUGGAAGAAGGAUGACUCUGAUUGGUUAAUAUUGAAACACUUUGAGUGUGCUCAUGUGUAUUGUAAUCUGAAAGGGUGUGAAUGUCUUUGUGUCCGCGUUUAAAGAGUCUAAAAUUUGAUUAUACUAUCUUGGCUUCUAAACUAUUUGCUUUUGUUGCACUACUUAUACAACCUGUUUUGUUUUCUGUUACUGUUAGUCCAAUAUUUUUAUACUUUUAGCCACUUUGAUAUCUUAAAAUUCACUAAGAUUAGAAGGAUGAUAUGGCUUUUUAUAUUUUCCUAAAAUCUGAGGGGGAAAAAAAUAUUGAUGUUAAAGAAAGUUCUAUUCUUCAAUUUGCCUAAUCUUUAUCUUAUACAAAAAUAUUAAGGUUUCAUUCUAAACUGAGGCUUGUAUAACCUUUUGAUAUUCUUUAUGGGAAAUGCCUGACAAUUAUUAAAAGCCUCUCUUCCAACUUGUCUCCAUGUCACAAUUAAACCCACAGCAAUGUCUAAA